AUGCUUUCCGUCCUCGGGAACCCGCGGCAACUCGCCGCCCAAGUACUCAACUUUGGUCUGAUAUUGUCGACGGCCUUCAUGAUGUGGAAAGGCCUCUCCGUCGUCACCGACUCGCCCUCUCCCAUCGUCGUCGUCCUGUCCGGGUCUAUGGAACCGGCCUUCCAGCGCGGCGACCUUCUGUUCCUCUGGAAUCGAAACCUGAUCCAGGAAACGGAUGUCGGCGAGGUCGUGGUCUACAACGUGAGGGACAAGGACAUACCCAUUGUCCACCGCGUCGUGCGCAAGUUUGGCGACGGAGAGCAUGCCCGACUACUGACGAAAGGUGACAACAACCAGGCCGAUGACACCGAGCUGUAUGCGGAAGGGCAGGACUACCUUGAGAGGCAAGACAUCAUCGGCAGUGUCGUGGGCUACAUACCAUUCGUCGGAUACGUGACAAUCAUGUUGUCAGAAAACCCGUGGAUGAAGACGGCAAUGCUAGGCAUAAUGGGUCUAAUGGUCGUAUUACAGAGGGAAUAG